AGCAACUGUCACCUCAUUUCUGGGCAGGCAUGAACAAAUCUUCCUUGAAUAACGGUAGAAAUCGUCUCUUUUCUGUGAGUUUCUCUCUUUACAAAAAGGGUCAGAUUUAUGACUGCCUACAUAUUGCAGUGGGACUCUUGAGGGAACAGACGACCAUUUCUCCAGGAAGAAGAGUGAAGGAACGGUUCAGCUCCUUGUUCUGAGAUUCUGAUUUAAGGUGAGCAAGAGCCCUUCACGUGAAAUCCUCCCUGCGAUGCUGUUGCUGCUGCUUCUGCAGGUCUCGGCGACCUGCCUCUGGCUGGGACGCAGUGAGGUGGUGACAUCCUUUCAAGGUUCAUGCCCUCAGUUUUUCUUCCGGCAAACCCCCCCAAAUCAAGCCCUGGAACCGCAGAACCCAGCCUGGAUCUGCCAGCGUUACAGGAACCAGUAUUACUUUGCCACCCUGUACGACAGGACCCGGCGUAUUCCCGUAUACUCUGCUUACGUCUACCAUCCUGCACCUGGCAAGAGACCUAAAACAUGGCUGGUUGAACCUCAGCUGUUGGGUCCAACUUAUCCCAAAACUAUGGAAAGAGAGUGGACCCUCUUAAAUAAUUUCCACAUCAGCUUAGAGCAACUCAGCGACAGCCAAGCUAUCCUCAAAGACUUCAAGAACCUAACGGGUCUGAACCGUGGCCAUUUGAACCCCAGUAGCCAUCACAAUGACUCCAACAGCAGGACAGCUACCUUCACCCUCACCAACAUAAUCCCCCAGGAUGAGAAACUCAACGGUGGUGCCUGGAACAACUAUGAGCAACAAACGAUGAUCAAGAAGACCCAAGGCUGUAAGACCACCUACGUUGUCGUGGGCGCUGUGCCUGGGAACAACUAUAUUGCCAAGGGGAGGGUUAAUAAACCCAGCUACAUCUGGUCAAGUGCCUGCUGCGAGGUGGACAACAACCACAGGAAGGCUUGGGCGGUCAUUGCCGAGAACGACAAGAAUGCGGUCGAGCUCCUCACGCUGGGGGGGCUGGAGAACAGGUUGACCCAACUCUACAGGGGGAACCAGGUUUCUCUGUUUCACAGCGCCUGUCCCCGGCAAUAAGCCCCACUUCACAUCCUGGGUGUAAGAGGCUCAGGAGCCUUCACCGCUAGCAGCAUCACCACGUGUCCUGUGCAGUGUCCGUCCUGCUUCCUUCUCUAGUUGUUUUCCAGCUCUGUCCCUCAGAGCACCUUCUCCUCUGAUUAAAGGGAGAAAGAGGUCAGCAGAGCCUCCAGCUGGUUUACUCUCCAGGGCAGUUUACUGUCCAGGGCAAGGGAGUCCUCGCCCUGGCCACUGUGAGGGGCAGGUUGGAUAACAGCCCAUGGGCAAGGAAAUCAGAGCUUGUCGCUGAGAGUAGAGGAGCUUUGCUUCUUUUUUUUCCUUUUCUCCAUGCCCAUAUGCAGAUGGUAGUUCCUUCCUCUCCUUGUUAGAUGUCACUGAUAACGUGCUGCUGACUUGUCUUUCACCUCCUCAGGAAGGGUGUUGGUCUAGGGUGGCUCAGGUUGCCCAGAGAGGUUGUGGAGUCUCCAUCUCUGGAGAUACUCCAAACCCAACUGGACUUAGUCCUGGACAACCUGCCCUAGCUGACCCUCCUUGAGCAGGGGUCUGGACUAGAAGACCUCGAGAGGUCCCUCCCAACCUCAGCCAUUUGGUGAUGCUGUGAUUUAUGCUGGGGCCAGGAGAGCAAAGAGCCCAAGGAUUGCUGAGAGUCUGUGAGGAUUAGCCUACAAAUACGCUCUGACCAACACAGCCAAUGACCGCAGCAAAGGAUAAAGGGAGAGAGGAAGGUGGAAAGGAGGAAGACAACUAAGCACAGGAGGAACAUCCCAGCUCUCCUGAAGUCUGUAGACAGGUAAAAGAGGGAGAAGGAAGGCAAUAACCUACAUUAAUCACUAAGCUCUCUAUCCCUGAGCUUACAUGAAGACGUGCUUAUGUAAAUUUGCUAGCAGGUUUUUGUUUGCUUGCUUUUGGACCACGCACCUUGAGAGCAGGAGCUGAGGUAUCAGACAACCAGGCUCAGGGAUCAGAUAUGUGGCAGGCUUUGACCAGCCAAAGAUAGAUUUCUGCAACACGCUGGUUGGAUUUCAUUCUCUGCUCUACUUCUGAACCUUUUCUGCAGAUUUAUGUACAACUGAUUUUGUGAAAUAUAUUCAGUGGGUGCAAAAGAUCAGUGUAUGCCACAGAGCUUAGUUUCUGAGUAGUUUUCAAAAUAAACUAUUUGCUGCAGCGCUGCAUUGUAGGGUCACCUUACAUGUGAAUCGGAAUUUGCUUCCCACUGGAAUUUCCACUACUACUAAUGCCCUAGUACCUAUACA